AUGUGUUGCGAACCAGAACCAUCCAUCGACCAGCUAUUUUUUGACGCCAUGGAUAAUUUAAGCCAUGAAAAUAAGGUAAUGGAUAUUAAUCUAUUCAAAUAUAUUUUGAAACGAAAAGACAAAUUGAUCAAGGAAUUAUACGACAAAUUUGAUUUGAUGAGUGAACAAAUAACAUUAUUAAAGGAAAGAAAUGAAGAUCGACCGAAAACAGUUCGAAAAAACAAUGGAGCAAAAAAUGAUGAUAUCGUUGACGAUAAGCGCGAUAUUAUACCGGGAAAGGUAUCACCUGUUCCGAUGUCUGAAGGCGCCAAAUAUAGCGCUGUUGCCAGUUCUUCUCAAAAGUCUGCGAUUACUAAAACUGAUGUCGCAGCUGCACUAAUGCAGAUUAACACCGAACAGGCAUGUAAGGAAAUUAUGAAUUUGGAAAGGAAUAGUCAUCCAUCUGAAAUUCAAAAUCAGAAUGAAUGGAAAGAUGUAAAAAGGAAAAGACACAGAAAACACAUAAUCAUUGGAAGAAAUGACGAAAUCAAAAUAAAUGGAAAAGAAAUCAGAGGGGUCCCAAAAUUUGCCGACAUUCAUAUAUACAGGGUUGAUCCCAGAAUGACUGCUGAAGAAUUGAAGGAAAUUGUCAAAACACGGUUUCCUGAAGUGGUCGUAACAGCAUUAAAUUCGAAGCAUCCACAUCUCUAUAGUUCUUUCAAAGUUAGUCUUUACAACUAUAACUACCAGAAUGCAAUUGACCCAACAAUAUGGCCACAUGGUGCCCACAUACAGAGGUUUUUUCAACUGAAGCCCAGGAAUGCACCUCAUGGUGAUAAAACUGACGACACCCGAAAUAAAUAUGAAAAUAUUUUUUUAUACCCCCGCCCUUCCCAGCUGAUAUCAAAACCAUAG